GCCGGCGUCCUCUCGACGCAUGGAUGGAGCCACAAAGGGUGAAAGAAAAAAGAGAAGUGUGGUGUUGACCCACACCAGCACAGACACACAAAUAGAAAACGACAGCAGUUGUCAGUCAGUCAGUGUCGGUCGCUUGAACAAAGAAAUGUCGCCGAUGUAGUAUCUAUCUAUCAAAUCAAGGCUGCGCUGCGCUGCACAUGGCUGUAUGCUAUGCACAUUAUAGACAGACACUGGGGGGCCUGUGUGGACACUAGACUAACAAUAACAGAAAAAAGACCCAACCAUCCAUCCACAAUUACACGAGAAUCUCCUCAUUCUCCUGCAGCAUCCGCCCGCCCUCAUUUUCCUGAAGCAUCCUCAGGAGCAUCAGCAGGAGGGGCCCCUGUCUCCGUCUCGGCGUCGUCAGCCAGCCAUCGUGGCGUGGGAUAGUGUCUGGUGACGAAGGCGAUGGGCGCCGCGUCGGGGAAGACCUCCACAAUGGUGCACUGGUCGCAUAUGUGUGGGUGGAGCUUGUUGACAAACGCCAUCACAUCGUACGAGUAGAGGAUGGCGUGGGUGCGGCCGGUGGAGAGGGCGUCGAGCAUGGCCUCCAGAGAGAACAGGUCGACAAUCGUGGCCUGGAAAAGACAGAGAGGGACGACAAUGCAUGUCUAUGUCUCUGUCUCUGUCUCUCUGUAUCUCUGUGUGUGUGCGUCUUGUUGUGAGUGUGGUCGGCAAUCCUUACGUUGGGUAGGUGCUCUUCGAUGAUUUCGUCUCUGCUGGUGCCAGGUGUGUGGCCGAUCUUCAUCUUGGCCGUAUUCAAGGCCUCCAACUCCAAAGACGACGAAUUCAGCACUGAUCGAAUACCAGACAUCACAUCACAUUGGUCGCGUCUCUCUCUGUGUGCCUUUCAAGACAAGACAAGGUACCUUUGGUUGCGUUUGGUCCUGCGAUGAGUGCACUCCUGUCGCCGGCCAUGUAUGGGCACGGGAACGAUACCAUCUCAGCGCGCACAGGGGUGGGGAAUACUGUGGCAGACACGACGUCAUAGUGGUCGUCGUACCUGCCACCAAUACAACCAACACACCACAUGGAGACAUCAACCGUGAGGUGUGUCCAUGUCUCUCUGUGUGCGUGUGUGAGCGUACAGGGGUGCAAUGAGGUCCACAAAGAAGUCUCUGUGAACAGGUCGGUAGACGAAGAUCGGCCGCACUGAGAUGUCGUAGAAGUCGCUCAGGUAGUCCGCCAAAGCGUUGAUCACGUCCACCUCGAAACCCCACACAGACCUUCACCCACCCGGACACGCACAGAGCACAGAAGAGCAGCACUCACAACGAGACACAUUCGGUACGGACCAUUCCAUCGAUCCACUCACCCGUUUGCAGAUCUCCAUGCGAAUGGGGGGUACCCGAAGUCGCUCCCCACCCACAGCUCGCCGCUUGACAAGACGCGCUUGAGGGUCCCGUGUGCAUCCUCCAUUGGGGGCAGCGAUGUCUCGCGGCACACCUCAUCGGACCCUUCUUGCAGCAUCCUGCCGUCACCGACCGCCCCACCAUGCCGCCAGUAGAUGGCCGCGUCAAGGGGCAUUGGAAUCUGCGGAUCGCCGUCGAAGUAUUUCGACCUGUCAAGGAGACACAAGGACAGGUGAAGAUCCGUGUUUUAUCUUUGCUUUGUGCAUUGCCCACCAUAUGUCGAACCACUCGCCGCUGUCCAGUAGUUUCAGCAGGGUGGCGCUGAGAGCAGAAGUCAGCUGGUCGUCUCCUCCGUUGGGCAGCUCACCCAUGGCUUCGUAGGGCGCGAGUGAAGAUGAAGCAGCCACCACCUCGCCCCCCAACACCGAGCCCGUUCCAUGGAUAUACGGUUGACUCGCAUUGCGGCCGUAUGAGAGAGAGGAUGGCCCAGUGCGGUUGAGUAGGAGCUCUCGAAGUUUGCCGCCUGAAGACUCCGGCACUUGAGGUAUUUUGACGUCUUCGCGUCCCUCUUUGACCCAGUAGCCGUCGUCCCACUCCUCGCUGACGCCCUCUUCCGGAUCAGGCACCCAGUAAUACGUGACGUUCGCCACCUCGUAAUAAUACGUGCCUGCACACAGGCACCGGAAUGAAGACAUGACCCAUGGCGUUCAAUGGAAAUACAGCCCUCUCACCGUUGGCAAAGUAGACCUCUCCCUCCGGAUCCUCAUCGACCUCUAUCAGCUCGCUCUCAUCAGGAUCGAUGGCCUGCCCGGCCGGGGGUAGCUCAGUUCGGUUGCUCUUAGCGUCGUAGUAGUAUGAUGGGUCGAAGGGGGUCUCUUCGGGCGGGACGUACGACACAUCCACGUCGACAUUGGUGACCGUGCCGGUGCUGGAGCUUGGGGGCUCGGCGGGGUCUUCUUGGUAGUUGUCGCGGUAGAAUGGCUCGCAGUAGCCUUGCAGGCAGUAGCCCGAGCAGCAGUGGAUGUCAUCGGUGCAUGCGUAGGCGUCGGGCUGGCACUGGCUGCCGUAGUAGUCGGCCGUGUCGUACCGGUCGUAGUACCGGUCAUACCACCAGUAGUAUGGAAUGUAGGGGUACCUGAGAGAGACAAAAAAGGACGGUCAGAUGUGGUCUCCACACGUCUGCAUGCUCACGUACCACCAGCCAAAUCCGAAGUAGAAGCCGACACCCAGGCCUAGACCCCGGCCACGCACUCGUAGGGGGAUGGGAAGAGCCCGACGGAAGCGCCUCCCCAGGAGAAACCUCGGACGGAUCGCCUCGAGGCAGGCAGACACUCACAUUCAAGAAUGACCACACAUGAAAACCCGUCCACGUCUCUCUCUCCUCUCACCUGUCCACGAGGCACCCUCCGGAUCAGUCUCCUGAUCUUCCUCGUUGCUCUCCGGGGGGCGCGGCGCGGGACAUGCGGGCGCCUGAAUGGCCUGUUGUACUGCACAUAGCGUGGGAUGCCGCUGCGGGCGCGGACUCGGCGUGAUACAGACCGGAAACCAGGCCGUGCGACAUUGGCUAGCGAUGGACGAGCGCCGCUACGGCGUCUGGGGCGACGACCGGCUGUGCCCUUGCCGCUGCCUCUCUCCCCGGGUCGUCGUCCCUCACCGACAGAUGGGCGAGCUCCCUUGCCGCUGCCUUUUCCGGCCGCAGGUCGUCGGCCCUUGCCGGACCCCUUGCCUCGAGCGCCCUUGCCUUUCCCUCCACGCGCCCCUUCGCCGCGAGACCCUUUGCCGCGAGACCCUUUGCCUCGCAAACCCUUGCCGCCGCGAGAUCCCUUGCCGCGAGAAGCUGUGCCUUUGCCGCGGCCGCGACUGCCCCCGCCUCGGUUGGCGACGUUGGGUGGCCUUGGGCGUGCUCCCUUGCCUUUGCCGCGCUGAACGCUGGGAGAGGCUGGGUUGCGGCCAGUGGUACGAGGAGGGCGCGGCUGAGCCCGGUUCCAGUUGCUGAAAGAAUGGAAAGCAGAGGUGAGACAUGUAGAUUUGUGUGACCCUCGGCCACUACGCGUCUUCGUAUUAUGGUUACUUGGCAGCCUGUCGGGCUCUGCUGCCCGUGUUGGGGGAGAGCUGUCCUGUCGGCCUGCGAACCGUCACCGAGCCGGAAGCGCGCUGGCGCGAAGUACUGGCCGGGCGGUUGGCAGGACGAUUGGCGGGCCGACCGGCAGGGCGAGAACGGGACGCUGACCAAAGGAGACACGUGUUGACGUGUUAAGAAACAGAGAAAUGUGUCCGUCAUUGCUUGUGUCACCUGUGGGGCUGCGUCUCGAGGUGGUUGUACGGCUGGGUCGCCGUCCCGUGCUCGACGGGCGUCGGCGGACUGUGGACGACGAGCGGGAGCGGGAACGCGAAGGGGACGACCUGCCACCUGCACGCACAUAGAACACAUCAGAAAAUUGUGAACGUGUUGUUUUCUCGAACGAACAUGCACGUGGGUCAACAUUCGACAACGAUGAGAACAGAACUCUCAAGAAUCAAAUACAACUUAAUAUAAUAUGAUCUACAGCACAGCGCACCAUAGCUGAAACUGGACCUCCUUCCUGCUCCAGAGGAGCGUCGGCCGCUGCGCGACACAGAUGACCGGCCCCUAGAGCCGAACGAGCCGCCCCUUCUCCCCCCGAACGAGCCGCCCCGCCUGCCUCCACCCCGAGACCCCCCACGUGAUCGGCUCCCGCCUCCCCUGCCCCUACCUCGCCCACCGCCUCCUCGACCACGACCACCUCCACCUCUGUCACUCGACGAUAGAUAGAAGCACAAGACGAUAUGGAUGCAUGCAGUGUCGGUAUAUAGUGCAUGUGAGGGUGAGUGUACCUUCCUCUGCCUCCUCCCCCUCUGCCCCGGCCACCGCCUCCACGGCCGCGGCCGCCACCACCCCUUCCGCCGCCACGGCCUCGCUGCAACUCUCGGCUGCCUUGCUCAGCGCCAACCUCCUCUGACCAGGAAAGCCGCACACAACACAUACGUCGUCGGUGAGGGAUGUGCGGUUUCUGGUGGGUGGAAGAAGUGGUUUGUGGAUGGGGAUUUGCUCACCGAAUAAACACACCACAAAGAAGAGGAGGACGGCGACAAAGUGCCACACACGCAUCGCGGCUGAUCCGGUGGGGCCUCACGAGAUCACGGAAAAUGGAACGAUGGAAGGAAAACCGCUCGGGCUGGAUGCAGCUGAUGGACGUUCUACGACCACCUGACGGACGUGCAGGCCUUCUAGAACACCCAGAGAGCGGGGAAAGUCCCUGCCAACGGCGGCUCUUGGGGGUGUUGUGUUCACAAGAUGAGACUGGUGGUGGAAUCGCUGGAAGGGAGGGGUGCGUGGGUGGUCCCGCCUGAGGCGGGACACGUGCUGUUAUCCAUGCUGACGUUCUAUCUUCUCUACAUAUAUAACAUCAUCCGAUCGUGCGCUUUCGGUCUUGGGUGGCUCCCGAUUGACUUCAUUUCCUCAAACACACACGUACAGCGGAGAUCUGUCCCCAAGAGCUGACUGUCUGCCUCAUGGGAAAAUCGCUGACAGGGCAUGACAUCGACAAGUCACUGUACUGAUGGCCUCACGUUUUGUGUGCCAUGCUGCCCUUGCUGGCUUAUCUUGCCCGCCGUCACCUUACUAACCUGGCGCAGACAGCAGGCCAGGAUAAUAUGGUCACGCCUGGCGGUGGCAGCCAUGCAAUGGGCCGCAUAGCAUUGAAGCAUCAUCGAAAGCAGGCGAGACAGAAAGAUAGACGCACACCACUGGGAGUCAAAAACGAAACGCAUCCGCCGUAUCGCACCCACCAUCCGUUGGUCAAAACACUACACCUGCCUCCCUCCCUGUCUGCCUGACAGACCACAUCGACUGACUGAUCCAUGCACGCUUAGCAUGCACCACCCGGACGCAAUAGAUACCCUGACCACACCAGCUGUCCUCCCACCCACUCACUGCCGCAUUCGUAAUGCACCGCACCAGUUAGUUACUCUACACACACGAAUCGGCGAAGAUGAUGAUGGCAGGCACACCGACGUGGCGCAGCACAAGGUUGGUGAUGGAAAAAUAGAUGAUGCGUUCGUUGCUCCGUAUGGCGCCCCAGGGGAGG